UGCUGUGUGGGAAUGACGGCGGGCCAGGAGGAGGAGGGCUCUGCAGUUCUUCCUCAGGUGGAGUUUGCUGACGUAAUUCCGUUAGACGCCUGUCCACAAUCCCUCCCUGUUUGUGCAGCUGUGUCCGAGGCAGGGACCCUCAGCUGACACAAGGAACUGGAGGGGGUUUCUAGAGAGGACAACAAGAAGCUAGAAGGUCUCCAAGGAAUAACCGCUUUUAAAGGACUCUUAAUGGGCAGUAUUACAGUGUCCAGGGGCUGCUCAGCAUAUUCUACAUUUCUUCACCUUGAUUGCCAUAACUUCUGAAGUCUGAGAUGAUGCAGUGAUGAGACAAAACACAGUGUGAUGUUACAAUGUCGCAAGCUUGUUGAAAUACUGGGGUUUUCUUAAAGGACGGACCUGGAAAGUUAGUUUUACAUUGCCAUGGAUCAAUCUGUGAUGGAUAAUCCUGUGACUUUGGUGAUUAAAGCUCCCAAUCAGAAAUAUGAUGACCAAACCAUUAACUGCUUCCUAGACUGGACAGUGGAGAAGCUUAAAACUCAUCUCUCUAAGGUUUACCCCAGCAAACCACAAACCAAGGAUCAAAGGCUUGUGUAUUCUGGCAAACUCCUCCUUGAUCACUUGCGUUUGAAAGAUGUUCUCAGGAAACAAGAUGAAUAUCACAUGGUUCAUUUAGUAUGUGCCUCCAGGACCCCACCAAAUUCCCCCAAACCAAGCACCAGCAGAGAGAGCGCUGCAACUGACAACACCAGCAGUAGAUCAAAUUUAGAACACUCAGGAUCAUAUCUCCCUGUAUCUGCGAGCCGGGAUAUGCCGUCCACACCAUCAAACUCUAGAACCGAGGAAAACUUACGACAUCGCCAUAAUCCUCAUACAUAUACAGAUGCCAUGCACAACCACUCAUUUCCAUACAACAGACAACCAUCUGUAGGAAAUCUUCCUGCACAAGCACCACCAGCGGGAUUUCCUGCUUAUUCAGCCUUCACCCCCUUACAGAUGAUGUGGUGGCAACAAGUAUAUGCACGACAGUACUACAUGCAGUAUCAAGCAGCUGCCUCCAGCCAAGUUUUACCUGGUAAUGUGGCACAGCCACCAGCCAUUCCCACCGUAAAUCCUGAACGACCUCCGCCGAAUCCUCCAAGAGCAGCGCCAAACAUUGCACCAGAGGCAAAUCAGAAUGUCCAAAUGAAUGCUCAAGGAGGCCCUGUAAUGAAUGAAGAGGAUAUUAACCGUGAUUGGCUCGACUGGAUGUACACGGUAUCCCGAGCAGCUAUACUCCUCAGUAUUGUGUACUUCUAUUCUUCCUUUAGCCGCUUUGUCAUGGUUAUGGGAGCUAUGAUACUUGUAUACAUGCACCAGGCUGGAUGGUUUCCAUUCAGACAAGAAGAUGGUCAGCCACAGGUUAGAGAAGAAGCAGAUGUCAUUCAGGAUCGAGAAAACAACAACGAUCUUCUGGAGAUGGAGCAUAGGAUGGAUGAAGGCAUUCAAGAGGAUGGAGCCGAAGAGAGGACGGAUGAUGCCCCUGCAGUUGCACACCCUGGACUUGUGGCAUCAGCUUGGUCAUUCAUAACCACAUUCUUCACGUCCCUUAUACCUGAGGGGCCCCCACAAGUUGUUAACUAGCUUGUAUACUAACUGCUAUCCAGACCUAAAUGCAGGGAAGGGCAAACUGUUUCCGUUUCAAUAGUGCCGUCUGAAAAACUAUACUUCAGGUUUUCAUUUAUCUUAAACAUGUCUGUUUCCCUGAACUAUUAUGACUGGCUUGUCUUGGUAUUUUAAGCACAAUCAACUUUUUAUUUUCUUCAUAAACAGAAAAAAAAAACACGUCUUCCAUUCUUCAAUUUUUAUUUAAUCAGUGAAAUUAUUGUACAGUCAUGCAAAUUUUGACUUGAGGCUGAUAUUGCUUUUUAUUUGUUAUUCCAAAACUUCUCUUUGUGACUCGGCUAUUAUAGGUAGCUAAAGCAGUCAGUUGGAAACUUUGAGUUUAAGGGUAGGUUCAUGCCUCCAUUUCCUGAUCCAGCAGGCUGUUCUGGCAUACAACAGCCUGCUUGAUCUCACCAGAUCUGGCACUAGCUGGCUAGUGCCAUUCACAGCCAUGCAGCAGUUUUUGUCUGGCCGAAACCCGACACUCCUGCCGGAAAGUGGGUGGAUCCCAUUAUAGUCAAUGGGGUCCGGCAGUGAAUCGCAGUAUCCGGAUAGGCCAGAUCCGGUGAGCUCAGACAGGGUGUUCUCUGCCAGAACAGCCUGCUGGAAGUUGGAACCUACCCUAAGAGCGUGCAACAAUAUGAAUAAGCUUUUCAAGCAGAGAUUUAUUUAUUUUUUAUCAGAAGCUUAGUACACCUCAUCAUUUUCAGCAUAAUGUCAGGAUAUGCAUGGUCAGUCUUUAGCUUGCACAAACCAGUAAUUUUACAUACAUAUGUUGUAUGACUUAAAGUAUUGAAAUUUAAGAAGUUAUACCAAGGGAACAGUCCCUAACCAUAUGCCCCAUUAGAGCGUACAGACUUCAUAGAAACAUCCUUUACUUGGGAGCCCCCUCUAUAACCUGGAGGGGAGAGCAUCGUCAUGUAGCAUUAUGUGCAUUGAACACUGCCAUGACUACAA